AUGCUUACAAAGGCAAAUGUAUCCAACAAACAAGAAACAAUCAAUACCCCUUCUCGAACUGCAGACGAUUCUCCUCAUGAAACUAUCAUUGAAGAAUCCUCAGCGCCCAAAGGUGUAAACAAUGAAGAAAUUGCUCGACAAGAGGGAAGGAAAAACUGCAAAGACAAAAAGCGGAAGCUAAAUGAGGAUAAAGGUGUAGUUGAUGCAUUGAACAGGUUACGAAGCACUUUAGAGAAACAAGUUGGCGUCAACCAAGCAAGCUUGAAUAUGAAAGAGCAAGCAAUGAAAAAAGAAAUGGAGUUGAAAGAGAAAGUGAUGAGAAGAGAGAUAGAAUUGAAAGAAGCUGCCCAAAAACAGAGAAAAGAAGAUCAUGCAAUUAAGAUGAAAGAGCAAAGAAAACAACAAAUCAUGAACCAAGAUUUAUGUGUAUUAUCACCAUCACUAAGAGCUUCUUAUGAAGCGAUGCAAGCUAAAAUAUUGAAAGAUUGGGAAAAUGAAAUUCUUCACUAA